UAAUGAUCUAUUUCAAUUCUGUCUGUACCAAAAUGUCUCUUCUUGAUAGUCAGGUCAUUGGACUCAAACACGUAUUACUAAUUGUAUACUCACGAUUCAUAUUUUUAUUGAAAAAAACUUCAUAUUUACUUUCUCUGUUUUCAGAUAUGUUUACACAUCAUCUUAUCAUUUUGCUGACAGUAUUAAUCAUCUCCAAAGCAGACUUAACAUGUAAAACGAUGAACGAUAGUCUAGUUUCAUGUACUGCUGACACAACGGGCAACGUACUAGCAAGAAAUAUAGUCUCUGACAAUAUAUACACAACUGUAAUCACAAUAAGGUCAUGCCGGAUAUCUGAAGUGGAAAAUGAAGCUUUUAGUAAUCUAACUGCUCUAGAAUAUCUAGAUUUAUCUCGAAACAAAAUUCAAAUAUUAAACUUUGGCGUUUUUGAGGACACACAACUACUCAUUUCUCUUAAUUUAUCGUACAAUCAAUUGGCUAAUUUACCUAUUGGAAUUUUUGAUCAGAUGACUCGUCUCACUCAUUUAGAUCUUAAAGUGAAUAAAAUUAACACACUCGUCUUUGGUAUUUUCGACAAAUUACGAGAAUUGGAGUAUGUGGAUCUCUCUGACAAUGACAUUAUGGGCCGAGAGCUGCAUCCCCGUUUAUUUGACAAUAGACCUUUUAUAAAAUUUAUAGAUUUUUCUAGAAACGAUAUGAUUGCUGCCCCUGGGAACUGGUUGCAAACAUUCCAAUCUUUGCAAGUCCUAAAUCUUAACGGAUGCUUCCUAAACGAAAUUCCUGCUUUUGCAAUCAAACCAAAUCUGAGACCAUUAAAACAACUUGUCUUAUCCAAUAACCAAAUAUCGAAUUUACAAAACGAGUCCUUAUUUGUACAUUUGGAGAAUUUAGAGCACUUAGAUUUAUCCCACAAUAUAAUUGGAAAAUUCCUGAAAAUUAAACACAAGAAGAAGAAGAAAAGGAAGAAGAAUAUCGAUGGAGAAAUUUUUCAACCGUUAAGAAAAUUGAAAACCAUUCUACUAAAUAAUAGCAAAGUUAAGAUAAUACCUGAAACUCUAUUCCGGAACAUUCCCAAACUAACGAAAAUCGAUUUAAGUGUAAAUAAGAUUGAAGAAGUACCUCUAAAUGCAUUUAAGGGAAGCCCACUGAAAGAUCUGAAUCUAUCGAACAACAGGAUCACAUAUUUACAAGACAACUUUUGUCUGGAUUUAAUGAGAUCUGGAAGCAAAUUAAACAAGUUUUUGUUCGACUCAAAUCCUUGGCAAUGUGCGUGUCUAACGGAAUUUCUCAGAGAAGUGAAAAUAUUAGGUAUCGAAUACAACAGUGCAAAGUAUGAAAGAAAAGAACUAGUCUGUGUGACGUCUACAGAAUUUAUUUGUAAAAGAAACCCAAAUGUGAUCGAUAUGUAUGUGAAUACGUACAGACAACUUAUGGGUUCAACUGCAAUGUUAUAAGAUGAUGAAUAGCGAUAGCUCUUAUAACAUUAGCCUAUAUACAUCCCACUGCUGGGCACAGGCCUCUUUUUGUUACGGGGAGAUUUGAGUAUUGAUCACACAUUGUUUGUGUACAUGCUUGUGCACCAUAGUAUCUCAAAUGGCUGGUACAAUUGUGUGAUUGAAGAUAGUGCAGUCAGUGAUCCUAUUUUCUUGUACAUAUAUAUAUAUACUAGCUGAC